AACAUCAAAUUUUUGUAAAAAGUAAUAAAUAAAUAAUUUUAUGAAGAAAUAAAUACAAUGUCCACUCGCUGGUAUCCAAUUUAUCAAAGAGGUAACCCGCAGUUAAGGGUAUUCCUCCCAAACUUUUGGAUGAAAUUAGUACGUCCACAUGAAAAACAGCUGCCCAACGUUGUUCACUUCCAAUGCUCCAUGGAAAUGACAAAGUUUGAUGUUAAAAAUUACUUAGAGAAGAUUUACAAUGUACCGGUUGUAGAUGUGCGAACCAAAAUUGCCCUGGGCAAGUUCCGAAAAGAUGUUGGCAGAGGUUACGUUGUAAAGGACGAUGACAUCAAAUAUGCUUAUGUUGUACUGCCAAAAACAAUGAAAUUUGAAUUUCCUGAUAUUUUUGAAAAGAAAAAGGGUGAUCUCGAUGAUGACAUGAAAUCACUAGAUGAAGCAAAGAAAUCAUUUAAAACUUAUCUUCGCCGAAACAAAGACAGAUCAGAUGUACCAAGCUGGUUCUCUAUAUAAUAGUUUAGUCUCUGAUUAUUAUUUUAGUAAUUAGUACAAAUAGAUUAUAAUUAUUAUUA